CUACGUACCCACAUUCAGCAUCCGCCGGCGAAACAUCUCACAGGGCAUUCAUCAGAAUAUCUUGACCGGUGGACUCGACCUGAUUCGAACUGGACCAAAUCAAGCGGAUUUUUGGAAAGUAAGAAAUAAGCACGAUGGCUUUGAGGGGACCGCUGUCCAGUCUGCUCAGGACCCAGCUCAGCCACGCGCGCCAGCAAAGCAGAGCCCAGUCGGUGGCUGUGCUCGGCGCCCCGUUUUCCAGAGGACAAAAAAGAAGAGGCGUGGAGCACGGUCCGAAAGUCAUCAGAGAUGCGGGACUCAUCGAGAGGCUUUCCGGUUUGGACUACUCUGUGCACGACUUCGGGGACCUCAGCUUCCCGGUUCUGGAGAAGGACGAGCCCUACAUGAACGUGAAGUGUCCCCGCGCUGUGGGCGCUGCCAAUAAGAUGCUGUCCGAGGCGGUGAGCAGAGCCAUCGGCGCCGGCCACACCCUCGUGAUGCUCGGAGGCGACCACAGCCUCGCCAUCGGCUCCGUGGGCGGCCACGCCCGCCAGUGUCCCGACCUGUGCCUCAUCUGGGUGGACGCGCACGCGGACGUCAACACGCCCGCGACGUCUCCGUCGGGGAACCUGCACGGCCAGCCGGUGGCGUUCAUGCUCAGAGAGCUGCAGGACAAGAUGCCGGACAUCCCGGGGUUCUCCUGGACUAAGCCGUGUAUCUCCUCGUGCGACCUGGUGUACAUCGGACUGAGAGACGUCGACCCUGGAGAGCACCAAAUCCUGAAGAACCUGGGUAUCCAGUACUUCACCAUGAGGGACAUUGACAGACUAGGCAUCCAGAGGGUCAUGGAGGUCACCUUCGAUCAUCUCCUGGCGAGGAAACAGCGUCCCAUCCACCUAAGCUUCGACAUCGACGCGUUCGACCCGUCGCUGGCUCCCGCCACGGGGACGCCGGUCAACGGGGGUUUGACCUACAGGGAGGGGAUCUACAUCACAGAGGAGGUCCACAAGACAGGCCUGCUGUCCGCCCUGGACAUGGUGGAGGUGAACCCCAUCCUCGGGGCCGGCCACGACGCCGUGGAGGCCACCGCGUCGCUCGCCGUGGACGUCAUCGCGUCGUCCCUGGGACAGACGAAGGAGGGCGCGCACGCCUCCAUCGACGACGCCGCGUCCGUUAAGGAGGACACGGAGCAGCUCCGCCUCUGAGGGCAGCGCGCCAAGCUACGGACUUUAUCAACCAGCCUCUGAGCAUUCCUCAAAAGAACAAGACUGAAGCCCAACAGUAGCUAAAGUUUUUAAUUGUUUUCCGUUUAGUGGUAAUAACCACAUUAUGUCUGGAUUCAUAAUAUCGCCUGAGGGAUUCUCAACGGUGAUACUACUACUAGUACUACUACUACUACCUAUCUUGUUCCUGUGUGUGCUACAUGUUGGGAGGACUCUGCUUCCACUUAUUUAUUGUGUUUAGUUUACAGGAGAAUGAGUUAUUACUUAGUUGAAAGCCGCACAGCUGUUCUGUGGCUCUGACGGUUAAUUAGUGGUUUGCACCUUUGGACCAGCUCCGAUUACUUUGUUUUAUUUAGUUGACUUUUGUAUUUCCAUGAGGAACUUACCAGUUUGUGUGUAUUAGAGUAGUGUAGAAACGUGUACUGACUACAACAGUGUUUAACUGGCUAAUAUAAAAACAGUUACAAUCCAGCGUUGCUGUAAAAAAAAUCAUAAAUUAACAUAAUUAAGCUUGAAUUGAUUUACUGCCUGGACUGUAUCUGACUUGAUGUGGACACUGAAUGCUUGUCCUUGUGAAAGAGUUUAUAUUUUGGUCUUCCAUAAAUGCAAUAACAUUUUUCUA